CUUUGCUUUGUUUUGUACAAAAUUGUGCAGAUAUCAAUUUUUGGCUUUUUUAUUCUUUAUGUGAUGUGUAUAGAAGAGUGUGAGAAUAAGCGAAUCACAACAGAAAACAAAGAAAUCUGCGAGAGAUAUCGCAAUUAAACAAUGGUUAGUUUGCAACCAAACAGAUUCAGUGCGAACAGAGUAAGAGGUGCGCAAUACAUGGAUGAAGUAAUUAACGAUGGUAAUAUGGCUACGUCUAGUGCUACAAAUAGCUUGGCCGGCGAUAGAGAACCAAUUUUAGCAACAUCCCGAGACGAUUCAUUUAAAAAACUCAAAACAAUACCAAUUUUUAGCAUACAUCUGGCUAUUUCGAGUACAAUAUCUCUUGUUAGCAUUAUCUUGACUGUACAAUUGCCGGAAGAAAAGCACAAUGAAGCUUACUUUGUGAUGGCGAGUUUACGCGCUGCAUUUUGGUUGAUUACUUUUCUCUUUGAUUAUUUAAUACGAAAGCAUCACAAUGGUUUGCGUAUGAACGGAUAUCACGAAUUUCAUCGUCGUAUGGCCUUGCACAACGGUGUUGCGCUUAACCUUGUCUCGGGUUGGAAUACAGUGCUGUUGUUGAUACAGUCUAUUAUACACUAUUAUAGUCAAGUAAAUCUAUGGAACUCAUGGUUUACACCAAACUCUUGUUUUGCUGCCUUUAAUAUAAUAGAGACAACAAUCUUAACAAUCGUGCAUGGAUUGUAUAUGUCAAGUGUUUCCAAUUUUAAUAAACUAGCCCAACCCCCUGACGCUUUAAGAGGUGACAAUAGUUCGCCGGGUUCUUUAGGACUAAUACAACCCGGAGCUAACUUAGCUGAACUGCUAGAAAAACAGGCGGAUUUAAUUGCUUACCUUCAAGAUCACAAUCAAAAAUUAAACCAGAAGUUGCAUCAAAUGCAGUUAAGUGCUCGCCCAACCCAUUUCGGGCCAUAAAAGAAAAUUUACAUAUGAUGCUCAAUGAAUAUAUAUAUUUUACCUACGAUUCCAAAUGCGUAUAAAUGUUGUAUACAACCUGGAGCACAGUGUGAACACAUUACAAACUUUUUUUUAACGAAUGAAGUCUAUUUUAUUUAUGUGUAAGUGAUAUCAGAAAAU